AUGCUGGACCGGCGCUUGUUCCGUGCCAAGUUGCUGUCAUUGCACCUGCAACGGGAAAGAAUCGUCACCACACCACAGCAAACAGCAAACCACACCCAUCAUACUCAUCCUCCAACCACCACAGUCAUCACAGCUAUCCGCCCCAGUCAUCACAUCACAGCCCCCACCAAGCCUCACCCACCUCACUCAUCCUCCAAAAACCACAGUCACCACAACUCUCCACCAAAAACACUACACGCGCUACACUCAUCCUCCAACCACCACAGUCGCCACAAUCACCACAGCCGCCACAGCUCUCUACCACAAACACCAUACUCAUCCUCCAACCGCCACACUCAUCCUCCAACCACCACAGUCCCACAGCUCACCACAACACCACACCUCAUCUCCAACACACCACACUCAUCCUCCAACCAACUCAUCUCCAACAACACUCAUCCCCCUCAUCCUCCAACCACACAGUCGCCACAACUCUCCCACCACAGACACCAUAUUCAUCCUCUAACCACACACUCAUCCUCCCAACCACCACACUCAUCCUCCAACCACCACACUCAUCCUCCAACCACCACACUCAUCCUCCAACCACCACAGUCGCCACAACUCUCCACCACAGACACCAUACUCAUCCUCUAA